UGAGAAAGUUCAAGGUAGGGUGCCAAUGAAGUUGCACCAUCAAAAAGCGAUACAACCAGUGUUCAUAAAAAAUUACUGUUGGCCUCUGUAGCUGGUGGAUUCUAAAGUUUACCAGCAAUUUAAUAUAUUACAGCUGGUUUUUUUUUUGAGUGAGUGAAGCAAAUCUAGCAGCAACUUGCACCUUCUAUCAGCAUUUGUCUGGUGGCUGCUGCCAUGAACUCUGGGUACAGAUUUCCUUGUAAAUUUGCUUUCGCUGAUGCCACUUGGCAGUAGCCACUUGGCAGUAAACACCUGCAGUUUUUCUGAUGAAAUCCACAGAUUUAUGGCUGUUGUCACUCUGAUACAGGAGUUAGAAAUCUGCUGGAUUAUAACCUGUGGACAACUGAAUUCAAGCCUUUGCUUUUCAAUCCAGCGCUUUGCCACAGAGCCCUCUGCCUGUUUGAAUACACAGCAAAUUAAAGACUACUGCCGACUCUGGAUCAGAGGGUCAAUAUAUCUUAAUGGAUCAACAAGGAAACAAAAAGUUAGUUAAGUGGAACUAUUAAAGGUCAUAUGAAAAAUACUUGAGCAGAACUUAAAUGUUUAAUACAGACUUCUUUUACCUGCAGAUAUUUAGACACUUCAGCAAUAUCUUCCCUCUGGUGUAGUAGAGUAACGCUUCAAUGUCUGUGAGGUGCAAUUGUGAUUUCAGUCAGUAGUCAACAACAAACCUAAAAUCCACCAAUACAAUAUAUACAUGAUUACACAACAAAUAGGACAGGUUAGUGCCAAAGUCGCUCUUAAGUUGAGCAGAAGUUGAAACCUUUUCACUGAAUGUAUGGUGCUUGUGGAUGUCCUGCAGUGGUCGAUCAGAAUGUCUGGUGAAAAAGGUUUAUUACUGGUACUAUACAGGAUCAGCAUCAAUUGUGCUGUAAAUAUAACAGUGGAUUGUAUAUACUGUCACUUUGAUUGCAAGUAAGAUAAACCGUUUUUUGUGGUCAUUUCUAAAUCUUUAUUGAUCUUCAGCACAGGUGUGAAUAGACAUAACUACAAAUUAGCACACACAACCAAUACAAAAUUAAUUGAAAUAGACUAAAAAACAACUUGGAAACUAUUUGAAUUAGAAUAUAUAGAAUUUAAAAUGAUUGUCGAAAUAAAUGACGGAUUGCCAUCUGACCAAUUUAGGAUGAACUACGAUGAAAACAGUUAAUGCUCUAUUCCUGAAGAUGGCAGCAUUGAAACACCAGAGAUAUCUACUUCCGUGAAACGUAGCAGGCGGCGUGGUGUCCCCCUUUUCCCUCGGUGCUUUUCCUCAGUAGAGCUAAGAAACAAGUAUGGCGGUGUCCAGUGUUUUCAGACCGGGGCUGUUUAACCAGAAAGUUGCAAUAGUAACGGGUGGCGGGACCGGUAUCGGUAAAGCCAUCUCUGCAGAGCUGCUGGAGCUGGGUUGCAACGUGGUGAUCUCCAGUAGAAAGGUGGAGAGGUUGGAGGCGGCUGCUCAGGAGAUGAGACAAAACAUCCCUGCCUCCAGCCCGGCGAGUGUCACUCCUCUACCAUGUAACAUCCGAAACGAGGACGAGGUGAAGGAGCUUGUGUCAUCGGUGCUGAAGCGGUAUGGCAGGAUAGACUUUCUGGUGAACAAUGGAGGAGGUCAGUUCAGCAGCCCAGCGGAACACAUGUCCUCCAAAGGCUGGAAAGCCGUGAUAGACACCAACCUGACCGGAACCUUCCACUGCUGCCAGGAGGUCUACGCCGCGUGGAUGAAACGGCACGGAGGUGUGAUUGUCAACAUCAUCGCUGACAUGUGGAAGGGCUUCCCAGGCAUGGCCCACACAGGGGCAGCGAGGGCAGCGGUGGACAACUUAACGAAGAGUCUGGCCAUCGAGUGGGCGCCCGCAGGGGUCAGAGUGAACGCUGUUGCACCCGGUACAAUCAUUUCCAAGACUGCGAUGGAGAACUACAAGGAGCUUGGACCAAUUAUUUUCAAGAUGUCUGUUCCAUUUAGCCCUGCGAAGAGGCUGGGAGUACCAGAGGAGAUCUCAUCAGCAGUGUGUUUCCUGCUCUCUCCUGCUGCCUCCUACGUCUCCGGAGCCACCCUGAGGGUUGAUGCAGGACAGAGUCUGUACCACUCCAUGUGGGAGAUCCCCAACCACAGCGCAUGGCCGGCGGCUCCAGAGGGGGAGAACCUCGACACUCUGAAGGACCUGCUCAACCCAGAAAGCAAACUCUAAUUCACUUUUAUGACAUAUUCUGAGCCCAGAGCAUAGACACACGCGCACACACACACACACACUUGUGUCACACUUGGCCAGCAAGCAUCAUGGACAUUGAGCUCUGGAGGCACCACAAGCACUGUCAAAGAAACAAGACACCACAGCGGCCUGUUUAUAAGACUGUGUGAUUUAUUAUUGCAGGUCAUGUACAUAAUUGUAUGUAAUUAUUAGCAACACGAGUGUCUGAUUUCUUGAAUAAUGAGUUGUGUCUGUUAAACAACUGUUGAAAUGUAUGUAGAAUAUGUUUUCCAAUGCAUUUGUAAGUUAUGUAAAUUAACAUGUGUCUUUUAACAGAACAAAUGACCAUAAAAAGAGCAACAAUAAAGGAAAAAGGC